AUGAACGGCGACCACAUUUCCAUCUUACCCCAUAUCAACCCGAACCCAGAAAGGUUCAGAACUUUCACAGUGAAUUUCUUCUCAGAAACCAUUACCACCACAGUAACCGCCACUCCCUCUGUUGUCCGCAAAUGGAUCUUCAGAGUCCUCAGUCUCCACCGUUUCCACCGCGACACACUAGUCGUCGGCCUUGGGGUCCAAUGGACCCCUACCGUUUCCAGAGACCGUGCUCCAGCAGCCACUCUCCAGCUUUGCGUUGGACGCCAAUGCCUCAUCUUCCAACUCCUGCAUGCAACUCACGUGCCCCAAGCUCUCCGCCGCUUCCUGGCUGAUCCUCGUGCUACUUUCGUCGGCGUUUGGAACUACCAUGAUGAGGACAUGCUGAUGAGGUCGAAUCAUAUGCUUACCGUUAUGAGGAUCGUUGAUGCUCGUGAUGUUGCUGCUGACAGAUGCGGGUUGAGUAAGCAGUUGUCUAUGGAGACGUUGGCUGGGGUACUUUUGGGUGCUCGUGGGGUUAGGAAGCCUAGAGAGGUUGGGGCUAGUGAUUGGGAUGCUUAUUGGCUUUCUCCAGAGCAGGUCCAGUAUGCUUGUGUUGAUGCUUUUGUCAGCUCUGAAUUGGGAAAGGCAUUGAAUGUUUGGAAUUGGGAGAACUGAGGAGUGAAGGUUUAGGUGUCAUUGCUUCACUGGCUGGUUAGAAUGGGUUUUGUUUUUCAGGAUUAUAUAUGCUUAAAACACGUUUACUUUUGUUCCAUGGAUAUGGAUUUUAUAUGCUAAUGCCGUACAGUUUGAAA